GUGCAAGCCCAGGAUAGUGUGCAGACGAGUAACCGAGUAAGGCAUGGAACACGCUUACUCCCGGUUGCUGCUUGUAUUUUCAGUUCUUGCGCUGUGCCUCGGUAACCAGGGUGUGAGAUGUCAGCUCACCUCUGAUUUUUACGACGAAAAGUGUCCUCUUUUCUACACUAUUGUGCAGCAGCAUGUGUUCGCUGCCAUGAGGGCUGAGAUGAGGAUGGGCGCCUCCCUCCUUAGGCUCCAUUUCCAUGACUGCUUUGUCAAUGGAUGUGAUGGUUCAAUCCUUUUGGACGGCAGUGAUGGCGAGAAGUUUGCACAACCCAACCUGAACUCAGUUAGAGGGUACGAAGUCAUUGACGAGAUAAAGACUGAUCUCGAGAGAGUCUGCCCCGAGGUAGUGUCAUGCGCUGACAUUGUAGCCCUUGCAGCCAGCUACGGAGUACUCUUUAGUGGAGGGCCUUAUUGGGAUGUUCUUCUGGGAAGAAAAGACGGGCUGGUUGCCAAUCAAUCUGGAGCUGACAAUGGCUUGCCCGCACCAUUUGAACCGAUCGAUUCAAUCAUUCAGAAGUUCAACGCCGUCGGCCUGAACACGACCGAUGUUGUGGUCUUGUCAGGAGCCCACACGAUCGGCCGAGCCAGGUGCGCGCUGUUCAGCAACCGCUUGUCGAACUUCUCGGCCACGGAUUCAGUCGAUCCGACGCUUGAUGCCAGCCUUGCCGACAGCCUUCAGAGCCUCUGCGCAGGCGGUGACGGCAACCAAACCACCGCCCUGGAUCUCAGCUCCGCCGACGUGUUCGACAACAACUACUACCAGAACCUCCUGGUCAGUAAGGGCCUCCUGUCCUCCGACCAGGGCCUAUUUUCCAGCCCGGAAGGCAUUGCCAACACAAAGGAUCUCGUGAAGACCUACAGCGACAACGGGUAUCAAUUUUUCUGCCAUUUCGUCGGGUCCAUGAUCAAGAUGGGGAACAUCCCGCUCAUGGGCCCGGAAGGGGAGAUCCGCAAGAACUGCAGGGUUGUCAACUGAUGAGGAAGUGAGGAGUGAUACAUGUGUCUGUGCGAUCUAUUUCUUGCGCUUGUUUGUGAAGGAAUCAAGGAACCAAACUGUAGGAUACGCGUGUAACGUUAAAGCUGUUGCAUGGUUUUAAGAAGUUGAAAGAAUAAUAACACUUACGGAUUGGUCCCACA